AUGCUUCACUUCCUGGGUCACUACUUGUGGACUGAAUCUGAAACCUUUGUGUUUGCAGAUGUUGAGACCAGUGGAAAGAUCCAGGAGAUGGGUGUUCUUGCCAUGAUACCCGCUCUUCUGUCUGCGCAGAACUCGUGUACACCAAAAGUAGCCAACAUCAUUGCAGAGGUGGCCAAAAAUGAAUUCAUGAGGAGCCCGUGUGUGGAAGCAGGACUCAUUCCUCCUCUGGUUCAGCUGCUAAACUGUAAGGACCAGGAAAUACUGCUCCAGACGGGACGAGCCCUCGGCAACAUCUGCUACGACAGCCAUGAGGGCAGAAGUGCAGUUGACGCAGCGGGCGGUGCUCAGAUAGUUGCCGAGCACAUUAAGUCUCUGGCCGAAAGCACUGACCCGGCCACCGGGAAGCUCUUGACUGUCUUUUGUGGCAUGCUGAUGAACUAUAGCAAUGAUAAUGACUCGCUGCAGGCUCAGCUGAUCAGCAUGGGUGUGAUCCCCACGCUGGUCAGACUGCUGGGAGUUCAUUCUCAAAACACCGCACUCACCGAGAUGUGCCUCAUUGCCUUUGGCAACCUGGCAGAGCUUGAGUCCAGUAAGGAGCAGUUUGCCUCUACAAAUAUUGCAGAGGAGCUGGUUCGACUCUUCCGUAAGCAGGUGGAGCAUGAGAAGAAGGAGAUGAUCUUCGAGGUGUUGGCACCACUCGCUGAGAAUGAUGUGAUCAAGCUUCAGCUGGUGGAUGCUGGUCUGGUGGAGUGUCUGCUGGAGGUCGUGGCUCAGACGGUGGACAGCGACAGGGAGGAGGACGUGGCUCAGCUCAAGACGGCCUCAGACCUCAUGGUCCUUCUGCUGUUGGGAGAUGAGUCGAUGCAGAAGCUGUUUGAGGGGGGCAAAGGCAGCGUGUUUCAGAGGGUCCUUUCAUGGGUGCCCUCCAACAACCACCAGCUCCAGCUAGCAGGAGCGCUCGCAAUCGCUAACUUUGCCCGCAAUGAUGGGAACUGCAUCCACAUGGUAGACACUGGUAUCGUACAGAAGCUUCUCGAGCUGUUAGACAGACAUGUUGAAGAGGGGAACGUGACGGUGCAGCAUGCCGCCCUCAGCGCUCUGAGGAACCUCGCCAUCCCGGUGGUCAACAAAUCUAAGAUGCUCUUGGCUGGUGUGUCGGAUGUAGUGCUGAAGUUCCUCAAAUCUGAGAUGCCUCCAGUCCAGUUCAAGCUUCUGGGAACGUUACGGAUGCUCAUCGACACACAGGGUUCAGGCCUGUUCCAGCUGCUGCCACACAGCAGUCAGUCUCUGAUAUUAAGUGAGCGGAGGAUCGAUGGCACUCUGUCAUUUAGUAACUAUGGAUCUGCAGACAAGGGCUCCGCCACGGACGAAUUUGCAUUGUCUUUCAUUGGCAGUGGCCCAGCCGUGUUAGCUUUCAGUGACAGCUUGGGUUUAAAACGAAUAUUCCAGGAUUGCACAGAGAAGGACUUUGUCGGCGCUAAUCUGGUGCAGGUUCUACACAAACUGCUGACAGAUGAACACAGUGCACCGGAGAUCAAAUACAACUCCAUGAUUCUCAUCUGCUCCAUCAUGGGAUCAGAGCCGCUGCAUAAAGAAGUGCAGAGCUUGGCCUUCAUCGACGUGGUGUCCAAUCUGCGCUCACAUGAGAACAAGACGGUGGCGCACCAGGCCUCUCUCACAGAGCAAAGGUUAACGGCACAGAGCUAAAGGACUCUUCCACAACAUCUCCUCCCUGCCUGCUUCCCCUCACACACACAUAUCUCUCGUUGUCAUGUGCCAAGCUGUUGUCCCCUCCGCAUUCCCCGCUAAAGACUCUCAAAGCCCUCUGUUUGCUCCGCGCAUGCAGAGACGUGUUACCCAAAGGAGGCCAUACUUUGUAGACAGCCUUCUGCAAUAGAUUCAUACCCGAACAGCAAAAUAUUUUUAAAAGACCAUAGCUGUGAUAAAAAAUAAACCCCAUGAAAUUCACCUAUAAAAGUUGAGAUAAAAAUAGUACAUGUUGGCAGUGGAAAUAGCGCAGUUGUGCUUUCAUGACUUGUAAACUCACACAUACCAACCAACUUGUGCAUGUUUUUUUUUAAAUCGUCCGGUUUGUUGAUGUAUCUGUGUUCAGCUAUUCAAGCCAUGCCCAUAUGAUAUGCCCCGCCCCCUCUCCUUCCGCUUACUAAUUUACAUAGAAGAGUAGAGAUCAAAUGUGUUUGUACUGUAUAGGGCACCUCUGGACCAGCAUGGACCUUUUCAUAUUUUGCCUCCUGGUCCUUGUGCCGCCCAUGAUCCAUAUCUACUGGAAAGAGCUAAUUCCAUAUCAUUAGUCUGUUGCAUUUACAAAACUCAAUGAUUAUUGUCAUAUGGAUGUGUGAAGAAGUAAUAUAUUUUGAUACCGAGGACUACAGUCGUUGUAUGCGACGCUCUUGGAAACACGAUUUUUAUCAUUUCAGGACCUCAUCAAAAGAAGUGACGUCAUUAUAGUGUAGCAUCAAUAACUUAAAAAGGAUAGUUCACCAAAAAAAAAAAAAUAAUU